AUGGUGUUCGGAGAAAAGAAACAAGGAGUUAUCUCCGGUUCGAUAACCUGGAAGAAUAAAGAAUACAUCGAAAUCUUUGACAAAGAUUAUAAAUAUAUCUAUGGAGAAGUCGACGAUCUUUUCAUCGCACACGGCGCUUGGGUUGAAUACAACGUCGUCGAUGCUCCAGCUGAUCACCCGAAAAAUUGUUUCAAGGAAGCAAGAAAUGUGGAUAUGGAAGUGAAGUUCUCUAAUGCGCCGACAACUGAUGAGUUCGGAAAGAAAAAGAUGGAUGUUCGAGAUUUCAAUAAAGUUGACUUCUUUCAUUAUCUUCCAGAAGAAGGACUGCUGACGCACAAGUCAACGAUUCGCCGUAAUUUUAACAUCGGAAAUUACUUCAACGAUUAUUACGGCGAUGUGAUUAUGUCAAAGGAUUCACGCAAUCGUCUGAUCCAAUUCUCCAUCAACAAACUGGAUGUCAUGUUGAAUUUGAUUCCAUCUCACUGUUAUACUGGAAGUGGGCCACAUUGGGAAGUUACACAUUUCAUCAAUCAAGGAAAACCGUACAGCAUAAAUGGAUAUCUCUCCAUUCUCGGACUUGUGCUCCGUGGACCCGGUGGCGUUGUCCGAAAUAGGCGUGAUGUCAUCAUUCCACCCGACUCGCUUCGUCUGAAAGAUCAGAAGCGUAACACGCAAACCACCUACGAUUCGAGUUGGGAAGAAUAUCCAAAUGCGUCUCGAGAAAAAGAAGAUUUCGUCGGAACAACAACGCAAAGAGGAAUCGGUUUACAUGAAGAAUCUAAUUCUUCGAGAACUUUGACUCCUCCAUACGAAGCCGGCGGAUCCCGAUCUCUGGAACCAUCAACUUUGGGAAGUACUGAAUACUCUCAGAAGACAUCGAGCGGGUUCACCCAUGACAUCAGAGAUUCUGAGAAAACACCAACUUCGCCUGGUCUAGGUGACAAAAGUUUCGGAUCUUUCGGAGUUACUUCUAAAGCCACUUCGUCUCAAAUGAAUCACAGUCCACGUCCCGUUGAAACGUAUCCAGCCGGUUUCGGAAGAUCCUUUGGAACACAAAAUUCUGAGCUUUUCUCAUCUGAAAACCGGCAACUAGGAUUCCGAGCAAGUUUAGGAAGUUUUGGUGCGUCUUCAGGAUCGUUUGGAUCUAGGAACACGCGCGGAUUGUCACUUGGAUCAUUCAGAGCACCGCCAGCCCAAUCGUCAGUGAAAUUUCCAACUACUCCCGUGUUUGACGAAGAUUAUGAGGUUCCAGAAUUAGCUUCUGAAGCUCCAAGUUUUCAAAGUUUCGAGCACAUCAAUGAAGAACAAAAAGAAAAACAUAUUCCGGAGUCUCCAGUUUCCAAAGACGACGAUAAUUGGGGAGAAGUUUCUGAUUUUCGUCUGGGAACGCGCCCUCCAUCCAGUAAUAGAAGUCACUUGCUUCCGCCACGAGCCGUUAAACCUGGUCUUUCUCGAUUUAGCAAUGCACAUUUCUAG